CUUAUCUAUUCCCAGAGUCCACCACCGGCCACUCGCCGCCGCUUGGUGCCGGCGUCCACGACGCCGCUCCGACGACCCCUCGCACCCGCCGUCGCCGGCAGCCACCAGCGGGCCACUAUUGUUUUUCCUCUCAUCCUCCCCCUCGCGCCUGCGUCCCUCCAUCGUCGGCGAGGACCACCUCCGGCCUCCCCUUCCUCUGCUCCGCCUCCUUACCUCGCGCCCGAGUGCCGCUCCUGCAGCACCUCCGCCGUCCGCCUCUGUUUUCCGGUGCCCCGUCCUCGCGGGACCUCCCCUCGCACCGCGUGCUGCUGCUUCCCCUCGCCCAGUCCCGUGCGCCUCAUGCCUCCGCGCGAGCGCGCCGCGCCCCGAGCUCCAUCCUCCCCGCUUCGCCCGCGCCUCCUCCUUCCGUCGCUGUCCGUGACCUCCUCUGCUCGCGCAUGACCAUCUCGUUGGCCUCCCCUGCUCAAGCGGGCCAACCACCAGGGACGACGGGGCUCCUAUGGCCGCCGGUGUCAGGAGAAAGAAGGGUGGCGGCGCUCCUGGCGACGAGCAGCAAGCGGAGGCAAGGAGGUGGCGGGGUUCUUGGUAGUCGCCGGCGUGGCGAGGGCCCGAGGAGUCGCCGGCGCUGGCAUCGAGCGCGGUCGGAGCAGAGGAAUGCAGGUCGUGCUCGAGCGCAAGUCCCGUGUCCAAUUUGUAUUGAUUUUAGACUGUGUCCUUGUCGAACACAAGUCAAUGGAGUGCUGAACCCAGAUUGCUGUUUUUUGGUAUGAGAAGGAAGGGUACUCAGCUGUAAUCUCCAUCAGAUCAAUUUUGGAGGAACAUCUAAUGUCGCCGCCGAGUUCGCCGGAGGAAGAAGCGCCGAGUUUGCCGGAGGUACAAGAACAUUAGUCCAGCACUGUGAUGUCGCCUGCGUCUUCUACAUCAGAGGUGCCAAAGGCGUCUGGUAGAACUCAAGUGGACGCCAAGGAGAUUCGGCUACCGGACAUGCCAUUCGGUGAUACCAACGUGCACACUAAAAUAGAUGACAUCACUAAAAUGAACAUUGCAGAGGAUUUGGAUAACCGACCUUCAAAAAAGCAAAAAAUUCUAAAAACAGGUGUUCUGGAGCCAUCACCAAUGUCACCAACUAUGUCAACAUCUUCUCCAAUUUCUGAAUGUUUUGAAUCGAUUGUGCUGGAAUCAGUUUUACCAUUACAUGAUGUUAAGGAACCAGAUUCAAAUAAAGAGAUCAUAGUUGAAGAGAAAUAUGAUUAUCUACCACAAGACAAUACAUUGACCGGUCAUGAUCUAUGUGCUCAUAUAGCAAUAGAAUCAUCUUUCAGAAAACAAUUGUUGGUUCAGAUCGAUGGAAGUUCUGUGUUACAAAAUCAGUUGAUGUGUCUGCUAGAUGAAAAAGAGUGGGUAAAUGAUGAUGUAAGUAGUCAAACAGGAAAAUGUUAUUAAUCAAUGCAUAUAUCUAUUACUAAUGUAUCUGCUCAUAAAUGAUGAUGUGUCUGCUCAUAUAUCUAUUACUAAUGUAUUUAAAAAUAAUCUUAAUUAUAUAGGUGAUCAAUGCAUAUAUAUGUUGUAUGAAGGACCAAAUACAUGUCCAGAAUGACAAUAAAGUAUGUUUGAAGA